AACAAGAAUCACAUGUGAAACAAAUAAUCACACACUAAAGCAAAACGUUGUAAUUUCGUUGGCGCCAAAUGUUUACUUUAAGAUUUAACGAAAGACACAUCAAGUGAUAACAAUUUGGAAGCAGUGAAAAUAUGCUGAUAGAGAAGUAAAACUGUGUUUAUGUUCGUGGAGUACGAAUAUAAUAGCACGAGGUGCAUAAUCCAGUGCACAGUUUCUCCAAGAUAACUGUUUCGUCUUUUUUUUUUUUAAUAUUUAUGCAAUUUUUAUGCUAUUGUGAAGUGAUAAAGCGAAUAAAUUUUAUAAUUAAUUUAAUCAUAUUAAUUAUACAGUGUUUUUCAAAAUUUCAUUUUACAAAAAUGUCUGAAACGACAAAAAAAUUUAUUCCAUUGGAAGAAUAUGUUUCAUCUAAGAAAAAUAACGAUAAAUCAAAUUUUUCAAUUGUUAAAUACAUAAUAAUAUUAAAUUGGUUACCAAAGUACACUCGGUUGGAUGCUGUUUCGGAUUUUGUAGCUGGAUUUUCGUUAGGAUUAACUCUGAUUCCUCAAAGUAUCGCAUAUGCUGCACUUGCAGGCUUAACAGCUCAGUAUGGUCUUUAUUCGUGCUUAAUGGGCAAUUUUCUCUAUCUUUUUUUCGGAACAAUUAAAGAAGUAUCGAUUGGUCCUUCAUCUUUGAUGUCACUUUUAACCUUGGAAUAUACGAGAAACAUGUCAGUGGAUUUUGUCGUGCUUUUUUGUUUUCUCGCUGGAUGCGUAGAAUUACUGAUGGGUGUAUUACGUUUAGGUUUCUUAGUAGAUUUUAUAUCGAUGCCCGUCACAUCAGGUUUUACUUCUGCUACUUCAAUUAUUAUUAUUAUUUCACAAUUGCAAGGACUUUUAGGAUUAAAGUUUAAAGCUCACAAUAUUAUUGACAAUCUACGAAAGAUAUUUCAAAAUAUCGAAAAUAUACGAGUAGCAGAUUUAAUUCUUGGACUUUGCAGUAUAAUAUUUCUUCUAUUUUUCAGACAACUAAAAGAUAUGAAUUGCUGUUUUGGAAAUGAUAAUAAUCAAAUAAAGAAAAAAAAUAACAAGAUGUAUUUGAAGAAAGUCUUGUGGUUUCUCUCCAUCUGUCGUAAUGCUUUGGUGAUUCUAUUUACUUCGACGAUAGCUUUUUAUUUUGAAAAAAUAGGAUCUUCGCCAUUCAUUCUUUCAGGAAAAAUACAAUCUGGACUUCCCAAUUUUUCUUUACCUCCAUUUUCAUCUCAUAUUGGAAAUGAAACUUAUACUUUUUGGCAAAUGACUUCUCACAUAGGAUCGGGAAUAAUUGUGUUACCUUUGGUGUCAGUGUUGGCAAACGUAGCCAUUGCUAAAGCAUUUGCUAGCGGUAGCAAUGUAAAUGCAACACAAGAAAUGUUAACGCUCGGUGUGUGCAAUAUAUUCGGAAGUUUUGUUUCUUCGAUGCCAGCUGCCGGAGCGUUCACCAGAAGUGCUGUCAUUUCUGCCAGCGGUGUACGAACGCCUAUGGCUGGUAUAUAUGUUGGAAUUAUGACAUUACUGGCAUUGAGCUUUUUAACACCAUAUUUUUAUUAUAUUCCACGUUCCACGCUUUCAGCAGUGUUAAUAAGCGCGGUAAUAUUUAUCAUUGACUUGAAAAUAAUAAAACUGUUAUGGAAAGGAUGCAAAAAAGACGCUGUUGCCGCAAUAGUAACAUUUUUAGUUUGUGUAAUGUUUGGCGUUGAAUUAGGACUUUUAAUUGGUGCUCUAUUUAGUUUGAUUUUCUUUCUUCGACCAUCUGCUAGACCAAAAAUCGAAGUGAUUCAAUGCAAGACACAACUUGAAGAUAAAUAUAUAAUACUCAAACCAGAUAAUGGAUUAUUUUAUCCUGCUGCGAAUUACUUUUGUAACAAGAUGAUGAAAAUAAUUCGCAAACAUGAUGAAAAUAAUAUAUUAUUUAUUAUUGAUUGUGAAAGAAUACAAAGUAUUGAUUACACAGCAAUAAAAGCAAUCGAAUUGUUAUCUGCAAAUAUCAAUGCUGAAAAGAAAAAAUUAUGGUUCAUGAAUAUUUCUUUACACACGUUUAAUAGUAUUGAAGCUUUUGCAAAUAAAAAAUAUUUCUACUUUAUUGAUGAUGAAGAUAAAAUAUCUUCUAUUUUUUAUGAUGAUAUUUUAAAUAACACAGAAACAACGAAAGGACAACUUUUAGAAAACAUGAUAGAACAUGGAACAUUCAUAUAUACCAAUGAUAAUAAAAAAGAGUCAGAAAUACAUCCAAAAUUUAUAACAAACUCUGCAGAUGGCACAGAAGAAAUUGCAUUAAUGUUAACAUCUUCACAAGAAAUUAAACAAAAUUGAUAUACCAUUUUUGCAAUAAUAUUUCCUCGUUCUCAAUUAAUAUUUUUGAUCAGAAAUGUUAUAAAUAAUGCGAAAUAAGGAAACAAAAUAACAAAAUAUUAUAUUAUACUAAUUUAUUGUUUUUAUGCAUUGUAUAUUUUACAUAUUUUUCCGCUCUAAAAAAAUGAAUAACGAUAAUAAUAUCAACUAAUAGUAUUGCUUUUAAGACUGAAAUAUUCUCUAUUGAAAACAUUAAUAUGUAACGGUUAAGUUAAUUUACUUGAAAUAUUCUAUUAAUAAUCAAACUUGAAAAGUACUUAUAUAUAUAUAAAAGUACUAUAUACAUAUAUACAUAUACACAUAUAUAUAUAUAUAAUAUGGCAAUUUUGAAAAGAAAAAAUACAGAAAACAUAUUUAUAAAUAAUAUAUAUAUAACAUAAUAAAAUGAAUAUUCAAU